CAGACUUCACCCCAAGCCCGGAAUCUCCUGGAGCACCUCGUUUGGGGAGGGGACACAGAAUCUGCUAACGCCUUGCCGGCGGGAUUGGAGAGGCGGGAGGGUGGGAAUCCCAGCACAGGGCGAUGGUUCUCCGGACGCCAGCGUAGGACAGUGGUGCUUUAUAACCUGGGCCGGCCGCUCAGAAAUCUGUGCCCUGGACCGCUCGCCGCCGCCACCCAGACAGCUGUCUUGGGUGGAGACUGUAACUGCCUCCACUUUACAAUUGGGAAGAGGCCCAGCACGGUUAAUGGGGAAGGACCUAGCCCAGAGAUAAAGUGGCAGCAGGAGAGCUGGGACUCAAACCCAGGUGACGCCAAGCUGAAAACCGUCCAGGGUGUCGUGACAAGGUACUGCGGCGAUUAUGGCAUGAUUGAUGAUUUGAUCUACUUCUCCAGUGAGGCUGUGACUAGCAAAGUGCUUCUGAAUGUUGGACAGGAAGUUAUUGCACUUGUGCAAGAAGAUAAAGUGUCGAGUGGACUGAAAGCAAUUAGGGUGGAAGCUGUCUCUGAUAAAUGGGAAGAUGACAGCAAAAACCGCAGCAGAGGGCUGUCAGACUCCAGCCCCCGAGUGCUGAUUGGCUGUGUGACGUCGCUGAUGGAAGGUGCUGGCUACAUCAGUCAGACCACGUACUUCUCUCUGGAGAGUGUUUGUGAAGGUUUCCAGCCCUGCAAGGGAGACUGGGUGGAGGCAGAGUACUGGAUCCGGCCAGGCACAUGGAUCAGCGAGGCCAUCUCCGUGAAGCCGCUGAGGUACAAGCGCGUGGACAGGGUCUGCAUUUCUAGCCUCUGUGGGAAAAACGGGGUGAUAGACGACAGCAUCUUUUUCACCUUGGACUCUCUGAAACUUGCUGAAGGAUAUGUGCCUCGAAGACAUGACAUGGUCAGUGCCGUGGUGGUGGAGAGCAGCCAGUCAUGCUACGUCUGGAGAGCCCUGUGCAUGACCCCAGUAAAAAGACGGGACUCCUCUGCCUUUGAAGAGACUGCCGACAAGUUCUGUGGAGCACUUUUACUGAAGAACAAAGGUGACAUCGAAGUCACGAGGUUGACAAAUUUUGGAACGUUAAAAGAAGGAGAAAGUAAAAAUAUGGUGAUCUGGAUAGAGAAUAAAGGAGACAUUCCUCAAAACUUAGUCAGCUGUAAACUGGCUGGCUGGGAUAAAGCUAAACAAUUCAGAUUUCAAAUGCUGGAUAAAGGCCAGACAUGCCCGGCAGGGUCUCUUGUUCCUAUUCCUGAGAAGAAGAAUUUUUCAGAUAAAAGUAUUAACUUUCUAGACAGCCACCAAAAAAACAGAACCUCUCAGGCAUCAGAGAGCAGUUUGGUGAACAACGGAGACAUCUCUCCAGAUGACUGUACCUGUAAAGGAGAAAACGGAGACAAAGAAAAGGCAACACCAAGGAAGCAGGCGACGGAGCUGGACCCCGGAGGGCUCAUCCCUCCAGGUGGAAAAACCCUCAUCGUGAUUAUGUGUGACGCAAAGAGCCCAGGCCGCUGCAGGGAGCUCCUCCUGCUCUGCUUCUCCAGCUUCACGAUCGGGCGGUUCCUGGAGGUGAACGUGGUCAGCGGGGAGGAGUCUCUAGUAGCCGUCCGAGAACCGUUUUCCUGGAAGAAGUCUAAAACUACUCCCACGUUAACAUCCACAAAAACUACAGUUGUCGUGACCGCACAGAAAAGGAACUCAAGACGACAACUUCCAAGUUUCCUUCCACAGUAUCCAAUACCAGAUAGACUUAAGAAAUGUGUGGAACAAAAAAUCGACAUUCUGACUUUUCAGCCGUUACUCGCAGAGGUAGGGAAAGGGUCUGAGAAAAUACUCUUCACUGAGAAAAAACUUGGGUUUUCUGACGGAAUCAGGGGGAGCCCUACCCGGGUUCAUUUUUUGCCACAGUUGGCUGGGAAUUUCCAGUUCAUGGGAGACAGGUCCUCCUGCCGCCGACACUAGUUGUGGGGACGCCGGCAGCCCAGCCUGUCUCUGCUUGGCGUGGCUUUCCCUCCAGGGUCAGAUUCUCAGCAGCUGGGAAGGCGUCACAUGUGGGAAGGCCCUGCAGCCAUCGGGACCAGGGCGGAGACCAGAGCCGGGACGGCAGGGCCACACAGCUGCCGCCCUUGCCAGGUGCCGUGGUGCUGCCUUGUGCUCGGGCCCAUUGGUGGCUCCCGGAGGAAGUCUCGUCCAGCCUGUCCACUG